AGCUUGAAAUAAAGUACCCGAGGCUACACCGGCAACACGAGUGUCCCCGUCUAUUAAACCUGCAGAGCAUAUUAACAAUACUGUUACACCAUCAGCUCGAAAAAGCGUGAUACUGGGUUGGCCGUACAAGUCGGACACUGAAGUGGUCGGUAGCCUAGGCAGAGAUCAUGGGCUAGGCCAGUAUAAAUGGUGUGGGCCAUCUUUUCCCAGAAGACCGAUGAAAACGACUUACAAAGACAUGCACAUCUACCUUAUCCUUCAUGCAUUUUUAACACCUCUCUCACAAAUGGGCAAUCGGCUCCGCUGGGGAACUAUAGCUUUAUUUAAGCCAAGUCUUAAGGUUCAAAAGUGUAUUUGAAGAAUAUCUUGAUGUGUAUUUUGGUCCUUUUGAUGAUGAUUGAACAAUCAACCUUACGUUUAUAAUGUAUGUACUGCACGUACCACUUAGUAAGAAAAGAGGAUGUGUCUAACCAUAUACAGUAACUCUGCAAGCACAUGCAGAUAGUAGCAUCUGGUCACAAUACUUCCUGUUUGUUCUAAGUAGGCGUUAAGACUGACGUGCUGGCAUUCAAAACGCACAGAAGAUCUGAGCACUCAUAGGGGUAGGAUGAUAAGGAACUCUGAAACCAGUUUGGACCAGAAUAUGGCUGAGGUGAUUUACAACACGCCCAACAUGAUGACCAAGGCCAGGAACACACAAGGAGAGAGAGAGGAGAGGAUAGUGGAGAUCUACGCUACCAGUGAGAGCCUCGGAGAUCAACACCAGGACUACGUGGGGACAGAGGAGUCCUCCAAUACUCUGGGAACAGUAAGAGGUCAGCAGCCGGACCCUGUGAGCCCUCCUCGGUGUCCGAUCAGGGCUGUGGUGGUGCUUCUGGUCCUGCUGUCUGUUGCCCUGCUGGCUGGACUGCUUGGGUUGGCAGUGCAACACAAGACCGUAUGCAUGGACGGAGACAUGGAACUUCUCCAAAGGCUGAAGAAUGUGACGGAGCAGAGAGACUCACUGCUUUGUAAACAGGACUGUCCAGGUGGUUGGGAUAAGUUUGGUUGUAAAUGUUACCGGCUCUCCAAUGAGUGGGAAUCCUGGAAUAAGAGCAGGGAGCUCUGUGUUUCCGUCGGGGCAGAUCUGGUGGUUGUGGACAAUGAAGGGGAGAUGAACUUCAUUAGCGGCAAGUGCUCCGACUUCUGGCUCGGAGCGACAGAUGAGGCCAGUGAAGGGUUGUGGAGAUGGGUUGAUGGGACCGUCCUGUCAGUGGAUAACCCCUCAUGGCAGAGCCGGAGACCUGGCGAUGGCAAGGACAACAACUGCUUAAGGAGGGACUGGGUGCAGACCAAUUUUAAAUGGGAAGAUGAGAGCUGUGAAGCCAGAAACUUUGGGCUUUGUGAAUAUAAUUUAAGAAAAUGA